AUGUCUGGGAUUCCGGAUAUGAUGUCAAAACCCGGAAUGACGAGCAUGCCCGGACUACCCGGGAUCUCUAGUCUUGAAAAUCGAGCCCUUGGUGAAAAUACACAUCCGGCGCAACCGAUAAACUUGGCCGCUUCCGGAACAAUUGUCUCGUCAAGCCAACUGUUCUGCUUUGAUUUCGAUGAAAGAUGUCGCUGGAAGAACGUUGACGGGAUUUUGGUUGAUGAACUGGAUUGGUUUCAAGGCAUCGGUUAUCUAGACGCCAACCGGCUAGAAAUCGCGACUGGCACAAAAGUGGUACCAGAGGGAUAUUACGCCAUUGUAGCUACAGAAAAAGUUCAUGGGCCAACGGGAAAGGCCAUUUUAGUCAGUGAUGUUAUUCAGUGCCAGCGAGGAAUGGCUGACCUAAAGUUUUCUUAUUGGACUUCUCCAAAAGUACAAUUACGUGUUUGUACAAAAAAGACGAAUCGGUUAUUGCCGGAUUAUGAGCAGUGCAGUGAUGCUAUAGAAUCCGGCGACCCAGGCCCCGCGCUAAUUCCGAUUCCAGAUCAAGGAAGCGAUUCGUUCCAGAUUUAUAUAAUCGCGGAAAACUUCGUUUGGCAAGCUAUUGGUAUGCAGGGGGGAUUUGCAGUUAUUGACAAUAUCGAGUACCGAGGCCAGAUGUGUUCUGAAGAAUACGCCGCACAAUUUCGCGAGGAAGCGCCUUAUACGUUGGAAUCGAAGGAUUUCACGAGCGGCGAAAAACAUGCAAAUCGAGCGAACGACGAGGAGGUGCCAGUCAGAUAUAUUUACGAACGCCCCACGAAUGAAGGGCUGCACGCAAAUGAUAUCGAAGAUUUGGAUAUGAUAGAUAUUCCAAGGCCACCGCCGCUAUUCUCGGCACACAGCCAGCGCGGCGAGGAAAGCGAGAGUAGCGCUGCGCAAAUGCCGGAUGCUUGUGCGGUUCUCAGCUGUUCAUAUGACCGAGGAGACUGUAUAAAAUAUACAACUGAAGCAGGCUGGAACAUUUCUUCAAAGCCCGUCGGCAAUCCAUUAACUGGUAUUCGUGGAGAUGCAACUGUGCUUCCAUAUAAUAAAGAUGGUUCAUUUGCCUACCUCGCGGGGCCAAAGCACCUCGGCCGUUUGGUCACCCCCGCGUUUGAUUUGCCACGCGACGUCUAUUUUGUAUUUGCCUACCACAAGGUCGACAAGAGCGCAAGGUUUCGGGUUUAUGCCAAGCGUGCCGAUCAACACCAUGAAAUGCUGAUUUUUGAGGCUCCCGGUUUGAAUAAAGAAGCAAAACGAUGGUUCCGAGAAGGGAAAGUGUUGCAGCGAGGAUUGUACCAAUAUAUUGCAUUCGAGGUUCGAAAUUUGACAAAAAAUCAUUACCUGGGCCUGGACGAACUCAUGAUAUUGGAUGCUCAACGGCAGCCUUUCUGCGUACAAUCCAAGUUU